AUGGACUUCGUAGUCGGACUACCCAAGACGCAGAAUGGUUUUGAUUCCAUUUGGGUAAUCGCGGAUCGCUUGACGAAGUCAGCACACUUCAUUCCUAUCAAGAUGACUUAUUCUGCAUCAAAGUUGGCGGAGAUUUACAUCGAUAAGAUCGUGUGCCUACUCGGAGUUCCCGUGUCAAUCGUGUCUGAUAGAGAAAUCACUCAGAUUACGUCAGAGAAAGUACCGUUGAUAAAGCAACGACUGACUACUACUUCCAGUCGACAGAAAAGUUACGCGGACCCCAAGAGAAAGGAUAUCGAGUUUCAGAUUGGAGAUUAUGUUUUUCUCAAAGUAUCACCGAUAAAGGGAGUGAUUCGUUUUGGAAAGAAGGGCAAGUUGGCUGCGAGAUACGUCGGACCUUAUCAGAUCGUAGAACGUAUAGGCUCAGUCGCCUAUAAACUAGACUUGCCACCGGAGAUGUCACAAGUUCAUCCUGUCUUCCAUAUUUCCAUGCUUCAGAAAUAUAUACCAGACCCCUCUCGAAUAAUACAACCGCAAGUUGUGGAUGUGAGCGAGGAACUAACAUACGAGGAACAGCCAGUGCAGAUUGUCGACACACAAAUACGACAACUGCGGACAAAGAGAAUUCUGAUGGUGAAAGUUCUUUGGAGAAGUUAG